CCGGCGUUCUUGCCCUUCACCACAGAAAUGUGACUGACUCCCGUCCGAGCCAGACGACAGCUGCAACAUGGACGAGCCGUCAACAUUCGAGCGCGAGCGGCAGCGCCUUGAGGAGACGGUGGAGAGAUUCACAGACGCCGUCAACCUCUGGAGGCAGUGGAAGGAAGAGUACGAGACGCUCCGCGAAGACGUCAAGCUCCUCCCGGCAGCCGCCACGCGCGAGGACCGCGCGACCGCCCGGCAAGACUACGAAGGCGAGCUCAUCGAUGCCAAAGAGCUCGUCGACAUCUUCGGCAAGGACGACUCGCGGUCCCCGGACCAGAUCCUCAGCAUCCUCACGAACCGGCUCGACUAUGUCGCCAAGAACAUCGACACGCUCAACCGCAAGGUGGAGGACGCGCGCCGGAAGCUUGCCGAGGCGGAGAACCCCAGUGCAGCCUUCGAUGACGACGACGACUCGCUGCCCAUGACGGAGAUUGUGGAGCAGCUCGACGACGAUGACAACGUUAUUUCGUACAGCCUGCGGACACCAGGCAAGAGUCAGGCGCAGCUGAUGGAGGCUUUGGAGAAGGCCGGCUUGAAGGACGUCCGCGCGCCCGUGAGCACCGAGUCUGCCCAAAAUUCAGAUAAAAGCACCCAUUCAAAACCUGUCAAGGAAUCAAAGCGCCCUCCCAAGGAGACCGCGUCCUCGAGCGCCCCAAAGCAGGAUCUCGAACCAGAGGAAGAGUCCGUCGUGCCUAAGACACUGCCAUCCGACAAACCGACCCCAAAGAAGUCUGUCACCUUCAGCGAGGACACAAAGCCCGAGGCACAAGUCAACCGCCCCGUACCGGCGAGGACAAUAGAAGAUAUCUUGCAAGAGGCGGCGGUACAGCAGAUCGCAAUAGAAGACCCCGUUAUUCCCGCCGACGACUCGCCUGAGGAUGCCGACCUGCGCGAGGACAUGCUGCGCUACAACAGAGAGACCAUGAUGUACGAGAUGGCGCCGAUCGUGGCUGAGCUGCAGCUCGAAGAGGGGUCGGACUUCGACACCGAGGACGACUGGGACGAGGACGACCUUGAGGACGACGAUGACGACGAUGACGACGAGGAAGACCAGUGGGGCAGAUCCACCAAGAGUGUCGUGACAGAUGACUGGAAGCGCCAGAUGCUCGAACUCAAGGAGCGCAUGAGCAAUCACACCUUUGCGAGCACGGCUCCAGAUGGCGCCACGAAACACGACGACCAAGAUGAGCGGAUGGAAGGUGUCGGUCGGAUAAGCAUCAAGCGGGAAGCGCCAUUGGAUCCAGCUAAGGAAGCAUCAGCAGCAGCACUGAACGACGAUGAUUCUCAAACCAAGAAGGGCGUGCGGUUCGCUGCACAAUUAGAUAUCGCUGAUGAGAGCAACCGAGCUGUACCGAAACCUCCUGCCACAUCAUCAUCGACACCCUCAUCACAGCCCUUGGUCGAUCCCCUUUCUGAUAUCGUGGAGCGCAAGAGCCCAGCCGCCGCCACAAAACCACAAAACCCCACAAAGAAACCCUCGCGUUUCAAGCAAUCCCUUCCGGGCCCCUCACAGACGGCUGCUGUAGCUGCCAGCUUCCCGGUGGCUUUCAACGGUACACCUAUUGCCCCCGAAGAGCCUGUCGAUAACACUAGGUAUGCGCCCUCAGGCCCAGAGGGCCAGACGCUCGCAGAGACGGUUUUAGAGCGCGAGCCAAGCCGCAAGGUUGUUGAGCCGGACGAGUUUGACGCUACCCUACUGCACCAGCAGGCCACGGAGGAGUACUACAAGAUGCGCAACAAGCUCGUGCACCGCCAGGGUGGAUUCACCAAGGAAGACGACAGCCCUGUGCAGCCAUUGGGAGAGGAGGAAGGCGGACCACGCAAAGUAAGCCGCUUUAAGGCUGCUAGGCUCAAGAAGCCUUGAAGCGCAAUGAAGGAAAAAGAAAGAAGAAAAAAAGAGACAAAGACAACAAGGGUACCGUAAGUUGGUCCACACAAUGGAAGGACUUCGACGCUCUCAAGCCCUGUUGUGUGGCUCGUGCUGGCUCGCUCAUCGUGAACAACAUGUCCGCCAACGUGAGCAUGGCGCAAGGCCCAUGCAGGCAUCCGUAUUCUGAAGAUCCUGCAGCUGCGAACAUGCCAUUGCGCCUGUUGUGACCCUUUGAUUCGUGACCGGAACGGGAACGUAGAAGGCCAACCGUGCAACCUCAUCCAUGCAUUCCUGAAUCCCUUCCAGCCCCGUGUUUAGCAAUCACUGG